AUGAAACACGCCACGCUGACUUCGUACGUCAAGCAGCUGCAGACUUGGCUGGAAUGGGACGUCACGCAGGGCGACGACGGGCCCGCAAAGCAGCUCGCUCAAUGCACGGGAUGUGCUUCUGAAGUGCAAAGCUGCAAACGUUGGGUGCAAGGAGAUGCUUUCUUUGUGCUCGGGUGGAUGGUCGUGAUUGCCGACGAAGCCAUGUUGACGACGAUUGCUGCCUUGCUGCCGACAGUGGUCAAGUGCUUGCACCGGAAUGUCAAGUUGCCGUCCAACGUCAAGCGUGGAGCUGAUGGAGAGGACGCGAUGGGAGGACGAGUAGCGCAACAAGCGAGAGCGACGGCCCCGUUGUCAGAGAAAGAGUCGAACUUGCGGGUGUAUGCACUCGUGCUGCUGCUGAAUUUCAGUCAACGACGUGUUGAGGUCUUUGAGGCUCAGUUGGGGAGGUUGCUACCCAUGUUGAAAGACUUGGUGAUGGAGUUACUUGAGCCGACACCGCCUCGAGCCACCACUAACGAGUCAUCGACUACUUCAUCGACUUCAGUGGUUAGUACGCUCGAGUACGCAGAAGUUUUGAGACUGGUCAUUACUCUGUUAAGCAUGCUCGUAGAUCAGCUGGGCAGCGCAGCAUGUCUACUACUGGAGCUCAGGAUAUUGCCUAACUUACUGAAACUGAAACGCGUGCUGGACGCUGCUGCACUUCGGGAACUACUUGGUGAAAGAGAGAGUCAAGACGUUGAAGAAAGACUGGAAGCUGUCGUUGAGACCCUCGUCCAUUGCCGGUAG